UAAUAUACAUUAUAACACAACAAAGCAAACCAAUUGCCACACCAUCCCUAAUCAUAGGACCAAACCCCCCCCCCCCCCCGGCCCACCCUACCCCCUCGAAAGUCCAAAUCUUUCCUCCUCCCCUUCCGCCGCCGCUGCCGCCGCUGCCGCCGCUGCCGCCGCUGGCCGUCGACCACCAAUUCCGAUAUGCGAAAAGCAUAUUGAUUAUGAGUAAUACAAUGACCGUUAAAGCAAAACCCACAACAACAGAACAACUAGCUAUAUCUACUAUUGUCAAAAACCACGACCAAAACCACAACCACCAUGACGAGGAAGGAGAGCCGAAUGUCGGGUUAGAAUUCGACACAGCCGAGGAUGCACAAGAAUGGUACAGCAAUUACGCGACGAAAAAGGGGUUCCGAAUUCGUAUUGGUCAGUUAUACCGAUCAAGAAUUGAUGGGUCUGUUAUGUCACGUAGAUACGUCUGUUCAAAAGAAGGUUUUCAGACUAGUUCAAGAACGGGUUGUCCGGCGUUUAUACGUGUACAAAGAGUUGAUGAUUCAGGUAAAUGGGUUCUUGCUAAUGUUAAUAAGGAACAUAAUCAUGCUAUGGAAAAUGCUGAUGAGACUUGUGUACCGAAAAUUGUUCAGAGGAAAGUUGUUGUUGAUAGAACAGUGAAAUUGAAAUCAAAGUCUUCUUCUGGACUUAGAUCAUUUGAUGAUGAUGGUCCGUCUAGUCGGUCUGGUGUUGUUGAUUUUAAGCGGGUUGUUAACCAAACAACGAAGUUGAAAUCGUCUACUGGACUUAGAUCACUUGAUGAGGAUGAUGGUCUGUCUGGGCGGUGUGGGGUUAUUGAUUUUAAGAGGGUUAGAAGGGAGAGAGUUAAUGGGGAAAGUAGAGGGGGAGAACCGUAUAAGGGGUUGGAAUUUGUUACUGCUGGUGAAGCGUAUGAGUUUUAUCAUAGUUAUGCUGUUAAUACGGGGUUUAGAGUUCGGAUUGGACAGUUAUUUAGGUCUAAGAAUGAUGGGUCGAUAACGUCAAGGAGAUUUGUUUGUUCUAAAGAAGGGCAUCAGCAUCCAUCGAGAGUUGGUUGUGGCGCGUUUAUGAGGAUACAAAGACAGGCCACGGGAAGGUGGUUGGUUGAUCGUUGUCACAACGAGCAUAAUCAUGAACUUGGACCGCCAGGUGAUGUUAGUGAGAGAGUGUCGUUAAAAGGAUUUAAAGAAGAAGGAAGUUGUGAGUUGGAGAAUAUGGAUUUAGUUGAAUCAAAUGGAGGGCUUAGUCUUGUAACGAGAUCGAGAGAGAGUAGAAUUGGAAGUGAUUGGUACAAUGAGCUUUUCGACUAUUUUCAGUCUCGACAAGCAGAAGAUAUGGGAUUUUUCUAUGCAGCGGAAGUGCAUAAGGGUAGAGCCAUGAGUGUAUUAUGGGCGGACUCCCGGUCUAGAUUUGCUUGCACUCAAUUUGGGGAUGCAGUUGUUUUUGACACAACCUAUAGAAGGGGUAGUUGCUUGGUGCCACUUGCUUUGUUCGUUGGGGUUAAUCACCACAGGCAACCAGUACUUCUUGGCUGUGCCUUAAUUGCUGAAGAGUCUGAAGAGUCAUUUACUUGGGUGUUUCAAGCAUGGCUUCGGGCAAUGUCAGGGCGUUGUCCUAUCUCUAUAGUCGCUGAUCAAGACAGGGCCAUUCAACAUUCAGUUGCUCAAGUUUUCCCUGGAACACAUCAUCGAUUUUCUCCAUGGCAAGUUGUGGCUAAGGAGCAGGAAGCCAUUGGUGCAUUACGCUCGAUGAAUCCUGAAUUUAAGUAUGAAUAUGAAACUUGCAUUUCCCAGAGCCAGACGCCUAAUGAGUUUGAAGCAGCAUGGAAUGUGCUUAUUAACAAAUAUAAUUUGAGAGAGAACACAUGGUUAAAGGAGAUGUAUAAUAUGCGUAAGAGUUGGGUGCCAUUAUACAUUAGGGGCACAUUCUUUGCUGGCAUUCCAAUUGAUGGAAGCUUCAAGUCAUAUUUGGGCAACAUAUUGACAUCUCAAGCACCACUUUGUGAAUUUAUUAUACGGUAUGAAAAAUCCCUUGAGCAACGCCGUGAAGAGGAAAGGAAAGAGGAUUUUAACUCAUUCAAUUUGCAACCAGUUCUGCACACGAAGGACCCUAUAGAAGACCAGGGUAGAAGGCUUUACACUAUUACUAUGUUCAAAGUGUUUCAGAAAGAGCUUUUGGAGUGCUAUAGCUAUGUUGCUAUUAAGAUAAAUGUUGAAGGUGCCAUUAGUAGGUAUCUGGUGCAGAAAUGUGGGAAUGGAGAUGAGAGGAAUACGGUUGCCUUUAAUGCCUCCAAUCUCAACAUCAGUUGCAGUUGUAAAAUGUUUGAGUUUGAAGGUGUGCUCUGUAGACAUGCCUUAAAAGUUUUUCAGAUAAUGAACAUAAGGGAGCUUCCAUCUCGCUAUAUCCUACAUCGUUGGACAAAGGAUGCAAAAUAUGGUAUACUACGUGAUGUCGAUUCAGGGGGUACUUCUCAAGAUUAUAAGGCAUUGAUGUUGUGGAGCUUAAGAGAAGAAGCAAAGAAUUAUAUUGAGGCUGGAACAACAUCUUUAGAAAGAUAUAAGCUUGCGUUUGAGAUCAUGCAGGAGGGUAGAAGAAAUCUUUGUUGGCAAAACUAGGGAAGUACGGGGUUUAACUAACAUAGAUAAGAGAAUGUUGAAGCCAGUGUGAAAAUUUGAUGAUCACCUCUGGGUGAUGUCGUGGCACUCUGUUGUACCAUUUGGUAAUUUCAGAGAUUUCAAGACUUGCUCAAGCAAACAAAUCAUCAUAUGGCUAACUUUCUUUUUCAGUCACAUGCUGCAUCUGUGAAAUAAAAAUGUUGCUACAAGAUGAUACUCUCUGGGCUUCUUUGUAAAACUUGACAAAUAUGGUAUUGAAAGAAGCUUGAGCAAAAUGGGGAGUUAGAAAAUCCAUCAACCUCUGGAAAAUGGAUCCUGCAGUGAUCAUAUGGUACAUUUGGAAAGAAAGAGACCAAUGCUGUUUUGAUGGAAUUUCAACUCCAGUUCAUUUGUUGAAGGCUAGAGUUUUGAUGGAUAUGUUUUGCUUGGAGCAGACUGUACUGUAAAUAGUGUUGACUCUCUUUUGGAUUUUGUAAGCUCCUUAAAUUUUAUGUUACCUUGUUCAAAAAAAAAAAAAAAAAGCUCCUUAAAUUUUUUCGAGGAGUCAUCUGAAAUUGUACAGGAGCUGUUGUUUUUGUAGUCUUUUUGCAUCUUCUGGAUGCUGAAUGAAUGAAAUCUACUCUUACUUUAUCAAAAA